AUGACGUCGUUUGAAGAGGAAAAGGACGUCCACUUGGUGGUGUUAGUGCACGGUUUAUGGGGCAACCGCUCGCAUAUGAACGAGAUACGCAACUAUAUAUUGUCACAACAAGGUUCUUGCAAGCAAAAGCUCGUUGUGCACCAGACGCAUCUUAACGAGGGGUACAAGACGUACGAUGGGAUCGAUGUUUGUGGGAUCCGGGUUGCUAAAGAGAUCGAGGACGAAAUUGCGGCGCUUGGCGACUCAGUGGUGAAAUUCUCUUUGAUCGGGUACUCGUUAGGCGGGUUGAUCUGUAGAUAUGCGCUGGGCGUGUUGUACCAGACGCAGAUUUUCGCUAAAAGAGACAUUGAGCUAGUCAACUUCAUCACGUUUUGCACGCCCCAUGUUGGUGUUUUAGCGCCGGGAAAUAAUAUGGCAGUGAAGCUGUUCAACACCAUCGUGCCUCUGGUGUUGGGCAAUUCUGGGAAACAGAUGUUCUUGAAGGAUAAGUACAACGGUUUCCCGUUGUUGUACGUGAUGAGCUUGCCAAACUCCGUAUUUUACAAGGCGCUAAAAGAGUUUAAAUACAGAUCUCUUUAUGCUAAUAUUAUCAACGAUAAGCGUACUGCAUGGUGGACCUCGGGGAUCUCAAGAAACGAUCCGUUUAUAGAGAUUAACGAGAAAAAUGGUAUGGGCAGAUUCAGGUUCGUCGAAGGCUAUGAUCCCGUUGUGUUGGAUCACAAAUCUCCGUUGCUGAUUGCUCCAUUAGAGGAAAAAGAAGAUUCCUCAUACAGCGAACUUGACGCUAACAAAAAUGACGACACCGAAAUAGACCCUCAGAACUACUACUUCCUAAACUACUGGUUCGGCAAAGUUCUGCGUUGGAUCACCUUUUUGGUGAAUUUGAUUGUCAUUGCCCCACUAUGGUUUAUUUGGUUUAUCCUAUCUGGUAUAAUGGAAACCGUCAAAUCGACUAUAAGAGCAGCCGCGUUCGCUAGAAAGUACUCAACAUACUUUAUUACUGAGGUUCUAGAUAUCUCAACAGAUCAGAGCGGGGAGUCUACUGACGCCAUCGUUGACGAUGACGACGAAGACGUAGUAGAAGAAAGCGACAGCGAUAUCGACAACGACGGUUCAGAAUCCUCAUCCACCUUGUUUGAACCAACUUCCAGUAACUACGAGCUCCAUCUAGAGCAAUCUCUAACCGACCAAAGAGAUAAUUUGAUUGAAAGUUUGCUAGAUGCCAUAGAAAGAAAGGAAACACGUACAGCUGUCGUUGAAAACAUCAAGAAAAUUGACGAAAAAGACGACAACCCUUCGGAAUCCAAGAUUGAUGUUACAAUUAGAGAGCUCGAACUCUACUCCGUCGAGGAGUUGAUAUCGAAGAAGAAAGUGCACAUUAUAUCCGAUGACAAAACUGCAACAACAGAUGAGGACGAAGUCCUGAAACUUCUCUCCAAUUUCAACCUAAACGUUGACAAAUUGCAGCUGGACAUUAUUGACUCAUUAAACAAGUUAAAGUGGUCAAAGUUCCCUAUAUACAUCCGUAAGACCCCCAGCACACACGCCGCUGCCAUUAUUAGGCAUUCUGAUCCUAACUUUACGGAAGGCCAUGUCGUGUUGCAGCACUUUGUGGACAAGGUCUUUCAAUUUGCAUAA